CCAUUAAGGUCGACUGUUCCCUGUCGCCUGUUAAACACCUGCACGCGGGAGUGAAGGAAGGAAGUAGGGCGGGAGGUGAGAGCUUCAGCGGGAAUAGGAAUCCAGGACACAUUCAUCACGAGCACAGAAAAGGACAUGGCGCAAAGAAUCCACACCCUUUAAGAUUUUUGGAAGAUGAAGACGGCUACAUGAGUCGCAGUUGCCAAAUCUUUCAAGAUGGGCUGUUUCCCGUUGCUGGACUCACUGUGGCAGAAGAACCAGCAGAUGAGGUGAAGAGGGAAACGUGUCUCAGUGUAAAAGACGUGGAAGAGGAUAAAGGCUAUAUAUCGCUUUCGUUUAUCAAUGAAAAUAAAGAGGCCGAGUUGGUGAACUCCAAACAGCUUACAACUAACUCAGCCAAGGGUGACUAUCAUCCCCAAACUUCAUCUGACCCACGGGUACAUGAACAAACUGCAACCUCUGGAUGCCUUACCGUCACAGUAGACAACCUGAUCCCAAGUAGUUGCGAACCUCUCUUGGAGCACGUGAACACUAAUUGUUUGGAAAGUUGUAAAUUGGAGGGGGUGUGGGAUAUCGGUCCUCCAAUAUUUGAAUCCUCUAUGUGCCACAGCGAAACGGACAAAUUGAAAGCAGAGCAGAGCUGUCAGGUGUUGGAGGAGGUGCAGGAAAAUGUGACUGAGCCUGUCCAAAGCACACUGAAGAAAGAAGACACUGCUGUGGAAACCAGCUAUGAAGCCACUCUUCCCCUCAAAGUACAGGUUAAAUCCAAAGUACAGAACUCAAACAGAAGCACCCCGGACAGCAGUGUUGUUUCUGUCCCAAAGACGGAGGCGACAAAGCCCAUCAGAACCCUUCAGCCUGGCAAGAGCGCCUCUCAGAGAUCCAUGGUCUUCGGCAGUGAAUUACAGUGGGAGCAGGAAAAGGAGCUCUAUGUGCAUUCAGUUGUCAGUCAUAUGUAUGAGAAUCCAGGAGUCAGUAAUGGUGUCACAACUGAGCUCCGGAGUUUGAUGAGCUGUGUAUCAGCAGGCGUGAAAAGCAGCGAGUGGCAGCAUCCCUCUGACCUCACCCGCAGAAAUUACUGGAGACACUUUGGGCCAGCAGCAGCACUGAUGACCCUGGAUGAAUGGCAGGCCAAGAACUGUCUGAUGCACAAGCGCUUCGAUAAGAUACCAAAGAUCUUUGAAAGGAGUCCGUGUCCGUAAACUCAGCUUUGUGGUUUAUAGACGCGUCAGGAAAAACUACACUUUCAAGACAUAUUUGUGUAUAUGUAUAUAUUUGAGUAUUUAGGUUUUCUUUCUGGCUUUUUGAUUUACUUUUCUUUCAAAUGCAUGCACGUUCCUCCUAAUUUAAAAACUUAUGCAUGUUUUCAGUGAUUUUGUUUUGUGAAAGUCUGAAUCACUGAAGAAUGUCUUAAACUUGAAUUACUGACUUGGAUUUUUGGAUUUUAGGUAUUUGCUACUUCAUAUUUGUCUCAUGUUUACUCUGCAUAUGGUUAGUUUUUACUCCUUUGCUGUAAAAGCCUGAUGGGAGCACCCUGAGGGUGGGCGGCCAGGACCACCCGAGUGUGUGAAUGUGAAAACUCGAGGUGAUGUCGGAUUUUCAAAUUUAUACCACAGGUUAAUUUACUAAAACACUCAGGUGACGUUGAAUCUCACUGACCUCGGGGACAGAGGUGAAGUUUUCUUAAUCUUUUGGAAAAUUCAAAUAGAGAAAGAAGUCCUCUAAGAUUUUCAAAAGCAUACCAUUGGUGGAUCUACUAGGAGGCUGGGGUUGGCACUCGUGGCUGCCAGUGUUUUACAUGUGUUCCUGUUAAUCGGUCUCCUCUCUGGGGUUGUAACGCAGCAGACAACAGACUUCCAAUCCAAUAACAAUGAGACUCAAUUUCUAUCUUUGCUCUUUGUUUUUGGACCUUUUGUUUUUGUGCGUCUUUUAUUGCACUUUUACUUUACAGUAGCGAUGAUUUGUUACUAUGUCAGUUUUACUUACGAAGUAACAAAGAAGCAUCUGCACUUUCUAGGUACUGUUCUUUGAAAUAUUUACUCAGCGUUGGUGUAAAUAUUUAAAGAUUUUGCUCAGUAACUAAAAAUUAUGAACAUGGUUAUAUUGUUGCAUUAAACGUUCUUUUUCCAUGGCU